UGACCAUCAUUAAUCCUUAAUUUUUCUUCAUUUUCUUCUAGCUCCUCCUUCUCUUCUAAGUUCUAACUGCUGUUUGACGAUGGACGACUUAUACUUUUACGUAGGAAUUAUUGGCAAUAUCAUCUCCGUUUUAAUGUUUCUCUCCCCAGCGAAAACCUUCUGGCAAAUAGUUAAAAAAGGGUCAACAGAAGAGUUUGAGAGUCUUCCAUAUAUUUGCACUUUGCUAAAUUCAAGCUUAUGGACUUAUUAUGGAAUCACAAAACCAGGGAGUUAUCUUGUAGCAACUGUUAAUGGUUUUGGCAUUCUUGUAGAGAUUGUGUAUAUUUCUUUGUUCCUCAUUUAUGCACCUCCAAGAACAAGGGCAAAAACGGCAAAGGUUGCUUUCGUAGUGGAUGUGUUAGUGUUUGUAGGGGCAGUAUUGGCGACACAAUUCGGGAUGGAAGGAGACAUGAGAAUUGAUGUGAUAGGUUUCAUGGGUGCUGCCCUUAAUAUUGUUAUGUAUGCUUCUCCUCUUUCUGCCAUGAGAUUAGUGGUGACCACUAAAAGUGUGGAGUAUAUGCCCUUUUUGCUCUCUCUGUUCCUAUUUCUUAAUGGAGGGGUAUGGACUUUCUAUGCAUUUCUAGUACAAGACUGGUUCCUAGCGGUACCAAAUGGGACUGGAUUUAUUUUUGGAUUUGCACAGCUUGCACUAUAUUCAAUCUACAGGAAAUCUAAACCGUCUAAAAUCAUCUCCCAUGACGACUUAGACCGCGGAUCGCAACACGAGCACCUCCUUCCAUCUUCCACUUCUAAUCCCACAGAACCUGUGUAAUGUCCCCAUUGAAGGUGAGUGCAACCAUUAUAUCUCCUAUACGCAUGCAGUGCGUGUAUAUGUAUACAUAUAUAUUUAAUUAUUUACUCCGGUAUGCAAAAUGCAUUAAACAAACAUUAAUAUUAGGAUAUAUGUAUUUCUAUUCAGGUAUUCCGUUUUUGUUUUUAGUA